CAAGCAAUAUUGAAUAACUUGGAAGCUUCUUUACCCACCAGAUCAUGCAACAGGUCAUAUAGGAAAUCUCCCAAGGAGCAGCGCGCAAAGCACCACAAAUCAAACCAUACAGCAUACGCCGCCUUGCAAACCUUCAUAUUGCAUACCUUGGUUCCCCUCCAAUAAAUCUCUAGUUAAUGUAUUGAUACCUGCUUGUUUACAAAAGAAAAAGAACUACAUACUACAGAUUGAACAUUACUCAAUCAAUAAUUAAUAUUUAGUUUAGCUUCGGGAAUUCUCACCUCUUGGUAAGUCUUCUUCUAUAUGUGGUCAACUUUCAAGAUACAUCCCGUUUAUGCCUUCGUUUCAUUCAUGCGCUGACGUAGACUACCUAGCAGAGUUUAGAUACAAACACCGCCCCGCCUCUUUCAGAUUUCCCGACAUUUUCCUCCCCUUCUCUACCAUUCCAAUUCAGUCAAUAUUACAAAAGAAAGAUUGUGUCAAUUGUAUUCCAUCUGGCAAAGUUUCACUCCUUCAAUCCACCGCUAGGUUGGUACGAACAUCAUCCGUUACAAAAUCGGACUUCGGUGGUUGGUAACUCGUUGGGACCGAGUUACAACAUCAACAAUAACUUUGAACCACAACCUUUACCUUCAACAUGUCCAUUCCACCAUUCAAAGUGAAGGCGAUAUUUGAAUAUACGUCACCGCAUGAAGAUGAUCUUCAUUUUCCGAAUGGUCAAAUUAUUACCGUGACGGAGGAGGAAGAUGCAGAUUGGUAUGCUGGAGAAUAUGUUGAUACAUCAGGAGUCAAACAAGAAGGUAUCUUCCCACGAAAUUUUGUGGAAAAGUAUGAACCUACUGCACCUCCAAGACCUAUGCGUGUUCAUCGAGCAAAGAAGGAGUCGGAAUCAGCUCCUGCUGCUGUCGCUGCCGAACCAGUGAGAGAACCAGAACCACAUCUUGAACCCGAAGCACAACCUGAAGAGGUUCCCGAAGCUCCUGUUGUACAAGAGAGACAACUUCCUCCUCCUACUCAACGGGCUCCACAGGCUAAAGCUCCAAACCCCGCCUCCCCGCCUCCGCCUUCGACACCGGCAGCUACAAGACCAACUCCAAGUCAAAAACCAGCUUCUCCUUCUGUCAGUGAAAAGCCAAGCGGUGGGUCAUUUCGGGAUCGUAUUGCAGCUUUUAACAAGGCUGCUCCUCCGCCAGCUCCAUUUAAACCCACGGGUUUUAGUUCCGGAAGUUCGAAUAAUUUCAUCAAAAAGCCAUUUGUUGCCCCACCUCCGAGAAAAGAUGCUUAUGUUCCUACACCUCGUGAGCCGCCGCCACAAAAGAUUUACAGACGUGAGGAGGACCCCGAGAUUGCAGCAAAGGAGAAUGAGAAUCAAGAACAGGCCGAGCGAGCAGGGUUGGCGCCAACUUCUCCAGGUAACAAUAAUGAAGAGGAACAACCCAAGCCAACAAGUCUCAAGGAGCGUAUUGCUCUUUUGCAAAAGCAACAGAUGGAACAAGCUUCUAGGCAUGCGGAUGCAGCACAAAAGAAAGAAAAGCCCAAGCGCCCACCGAAAAAGAGAACAGAGUCUCAUGAAACUACCGAAGAGGGUGAUACUGCUAGCUUAGAACAACCGGACACAGGGGAUAGGCCAGGAAGCAUUUCAAUGGAUUCCAUAAAGGAAGAAGGAGGCGCACUACCACGAAGAACCAAAUCAUCUCGCGGACCUAUUCCUUCAAUUGAUGAUGGUAAUGAAGCGGAUAUGUCUGGAGCAGCUGAAACUGCGGAAGAAUUGGAAGAUACUGGGAAGGAUGAUAGCGACGAUAAACCCAGAGCCAAACCUCCUCAACCACCCGUUCGUGCUCCAGCGGCUCCAGUUGUAGAGCCAGAUGUUGGCGAGGAAGAAGGGGCUGUUGAGGAACCUUCACCUAUUGAGGCAGGGGAGGAAGAGGAAGAAGAUGAUGAUAUUGAUCCCGAAGUAAGGCGCAAAGAAGAAUUGCGAGCGCGAAUGGCAAAAAUGAGUGGUGGCAUGGGUAUGUAUGGAAUGUUUGGUGGUGGAAUGCCAAUGGCAGCUCCUCUCCCACCAAAGAAGAAGAAACCAUCAGUACCCAUUCAAAAACGUGAAAGCGCGGCUGGAUUAGAAUCAAUAACUUCUCCAGUAGCCAGCGCGCCACCUGUACCAAUGAUUCCUUUGCCUGGUAUGUUUAGAGUUCAAAGCCCUGAUCCGUUAGGAAAACAAGCAGAUGCGGAAGACGAGAAGAGGCCAGUCUCAUUUGCGCGUCCUGCUGAUGUUAUACCGGAUGUUGAGGAUGUUGUACCUGAAAAGGAAGUUGAAUCGGCCCCACCACCAGGUAUAUCCCAUGACCUACUUUGUUUAGUUUCGAGACUAAUAUUCUAUCAGUACCAUCUCACGAGAUUGGUGUGGCACCCCCAAUUCCAGGUGGACGACCAGCCCCUCCGCCUGUUCCAGCUGAUUGUAAGUUAUAUCUAUGAAUUAAUGAAUCCUCUUUACUUAUCAUUCACUAGCUCGACCUGUUCCUGCACCUCCUCCAGCCCUAUUGUCACCAGGUACCGGUUAUGAAUCUGAUGAUGAAAUGACUGAGAAGAUCCCAGUGACGGCUACAAGUGCUGAACCACCUCAAGCCCCUCCUCGACCUUCUGAGGCACCAGGUUCCCCACGAUCACCGCCUACUAGAAGAGCCUCAUACUUUAGCCCUGACCAAUCACCGCGGUCUCCGGAAUUGGUUGGUAGGCGUGGCAGUAGGGUCCCACCAAUUCCAGCAGGUAUUCCUACUCCAUCAUCUCAUACUCGAGCACCUCCACCACCUCCACCUGGGGUGGGAUUAAGCCGAUCUUCAACUGGUGAUCAAGAAGUCGUGCCUCACUCAAAUCCACCUCCUGUACCUGUGGAUGAUGAAAAAGAAGACGAAUAUGAGGGUGAUUAUGAUACCGAUAUUGCCUCUGCGGUACACCAUAAAGAAGCUUUGAAGCAUACUAAAGAAGCAAGUGUUGAUGAUACUGCUCUUCGAUCUCCACUUGCUUCUCCAACAUUUGCUCCUCCUCCCCUUCCUCCACCUACAGCUCCGAAAGCUGUACCACCACCAUUGCCAUCACAUCCACCUCCUCGUCCAUCAGGAGACGUUCCUAGAGUUGCUCCACCAGCUCCACCACCGCCACCGCCUGGGAGGGCACCAGCUCCAUGGGAACCUGAUAAUAAUGAAUUUGAUCCUUAUAAUCAUUCAACAGCGGCAAGCGCACCAGUUCAGGUUGCUCCAGCUACACCAAAAAUGGAACCUGUUGAAGAUGAUUUAUAUUCAGCUUCCCCACCAAGAUCAUUUGCCUCACCUAAACAAGGUCGAGCUCCACCUCCACCUUCAAAUAAGCCGUCAAUUAGGCAAUCUUUAGAUCUCAAUCGUGCUGCUGUUACUGGUGCAAGAAGAUCUGUGGAUCUAAACAGAAUGUCUAUGGAUCCUGGUUUUAUGGCUAAUGAUGUUGACUUGGCGGUUGGUAGCCAAUGGUGGACUGUUAAGAAAAGUCUCCCACCUGUUUUACAAGCUCGAAAGGACAUUUUGACAGAAUCGGAAGAUACAUCAUCAAUUUCUGAUACGAAUCAACCUGUUGUCACAAGAGAACUCUAUGUCUUAUUUCAUGAUUACUCUCAAACAAUUAUCGCAGCUCAAUACAAUCCAAAGGAUCCUUCGGAAUGUCAACUUGAACAAAAACAUGAAGCACCGCCUGCUCGUUUACGUCAAGAUCAAUUGGAAGACGCUCAUGAACGUUUUGGUAAACGUGUCAUUGAAGCAGUAAGUGUUAGACAAAAUACUAUUGUGGGUGAUGGUACUCCUCAAGGAUUAAUUCUUGAAUUGUUAAAACCAUUGGCCGGUGUUCUUAUGCCAGUAGGAACUCGAGCAUAUGGUGCACUUGUCUAUAGUAAUAUGGCAAAUGCAUCAACUCAACAAUUUGAUGAAAUUCGACCUGGUGAUAUUGUCACGUUGAGAAAUACUAGAUUUCAAGGAAAACAUGGAUCCAUGCAUACGAAAUAUGCAGCAGAGGUUGGUAAACCUGAUCACAUGGGAGUAGUAGCUGAAUGGGAUGGAACGAAGAAAAAGCUACGCGCUUGGGAACAGGGACGAGAGAGUAAGAAGGUUAAGUUGGAGAGUUUUAAGUUGGAUGAUUUGAGGAGUGGUGAGGUGAAGAUUUGGAGGGUUAUGCCUAGAAGCUGGGUUGGUUGGGGUGAGGGAAAUUGAGAUGUGAUGUUGGAGUGUGGAGUUUGCGGUGUGUGAUUAGAUUGUGAAGGGAGGGGGAAAGUGAGGGACGAGAAGGACUGUGUGCGUUGUGAUAUUAGGAUGGGACGAUGGGAUGAUGUGGUUUUUUCGCAAUUGUGAACAUGUUCUACAUAUCAGACGGGAAUGCGAUUGCGAAUGGAAUGGCAUGAGAUGAAAUGCGAUGAACUGAUUUGAAUCGAAUUGAUGAAAAGAUAUCGAUUAUAGCGGUUGGUUGGAGCGUGUAUUGUGUAUACAGUUUAUUAGGCAGGCAGGCAAGCAAGCAUAGCAUGAU